CUACUACUUUAGUAAGUGGUACAACUAUUUCAGCUCAAAUUCCUUGCAUAAAAACCUGAUUCUUCAAAUAACACUAGAAACAUCAGCUAGUUUCACUUCAUGAACAUCCAACCUCUAUGAAAGAAGCUCAUUUAUCAACUUUAGCCUUCAAUUGGCUUAUGAAGCUGUUCAACCUCUGAAUCUGAAAGAUGGAGAAACCUGUUUCUCAAGUUCAUAUGUCUUCAAAACCAAAGUCUGUUACAGAACUUCUUACAGAAAUCGCGGUGUUAGAGCUAGAAGUAUUGCAAUUAGAGAAGUAUCUUGUUUCCUUGUAUAAAAAAGCACUUGAUCGAAGACUAGAAUCACUCUCUAAAAACAGCAAAGACAUUUUUACAGAACAAAGGAUCAGUUCUGAUCGUUUUCAGAUGAAUUCAGAUCAAUCCAUCAUUAAACACAUUUGUUUAGAAGAACACAACAAUGAAUCUAAGGAACAAGAAGAUGUUCUUGGUUGUAGUAUUCACCGCAGUCAUUCCUCGUUAUCUCAUCAGUCAUUUGCUUAUCCAAGCAGAUUAUCUCCUUUAGUAGGAAAGGUUGCUGAAGCUGUAAAUUCUUACCAUUCCUUGCCUUUGACUAUGCUGGAGCCAGAAGAUUUUGAAGCUUCAUAUACUGUAACCACCUACAACACCAGUGAAGUUAAAGAGACAGCAAAUUGGCUUUCAGAAGAGAUGGUCAGGUGCAUUUCAGCCAUUUACUGUAAACUGGCUGCAAAUUCUGUGAUCAGCAACAAUUUCUCAUCACCUGUCGUAUCAAUUCCAUCGUCGAUAAGUGGAUCACCACUAGCUGAAUCUAAUCUAUGGAGUCCUCUAAGGAUAAGUUCAUUUCAGGAUUUACAGUUCGAAUUUAGUGGACCGUACUGUCAAAUGGUUGAAGUUCUCCAGAUUCAUAGGGAAAGUACUGAAUUCAGAAAUAUUGAGCCCAUGCUUCAAAAUUUUAGAUCACUUAUUAACAAAUUGGAAGGAGUAAAACCUAGCAAAUUGAAUCAUAAAGAAAAGCUAGCAUUUUGGAUUAAUGUGCACAAUGCUCUUGUGAUGCAUUCAUCUUUGUGUGUAUCGCGAAUACAGGCAUUUCUGGAGUAUGGAGUGCCACAAAACAAGCUUAAACGAGUAUCCUUGUUAUUAAAGGCUGCAUAUUGUAUUGGGAGUCAUACUAUCAGUGUAAGCAUGAUCCAGGACUACAUUCUCGGAAGCCAAUUGCCUCAUCCAGGACAAUGGUUUCAUAAAUUACUCCAUCUUAAGAAAAAAUUCAGAACAGGAGACAGAAGAAGAAUGUUCGCAAUUCAGCACUCAGAACCUCUAUCUUACUUCGCCCUUUGCUGUGGAAGCCAUUCCGAUCCACCAGUUCAUGUAUACAGUCCUGAAAGAGUGUUUCAGGACCUGAUAGCUGCAAGAAACCAGUACAUAUUGAGCAACUAUCGAGUUCAUAAAGAACAAAACAAGAUAUUGUUGCCAAAGAUUGUGGAGAAUUAUGCCAAAGAAUCUGGAUUACAUCCACCUGAACUCAUCAAGAUUCUUGAACAAAUUCUACCUGCAGAUCUUCAGAGAAACAUGACUACUUCUAGUUAUUACAACAGGCAUAAGAAAGGUUGGAAAGGGGUUGAAUGGAUCUCCCACGAUUUCUCUUUUCGUUACCAAUUCCCUAAAGAGGUUUUGCAAUGAUCUUAUUUAUACCCCACUUAAUCACUAAUGAGCUGAUAAUUAAAAAAGGAGUAGAUGGUUGAUGCAUAAACAUAGCGCGAAAGGGAUACUGAUCAAACAGGCUCAAGGUCUUCUGAUGACUUUUUGUGUCACUCAAUUAUGCAUGGAGAAGACAAGAAAGUUGAUGAUCUUUUAAUGUUAUUGGUGUUGAGCUUAUUUGAUCACUAUUAUCUUGAUGAAAUUGCAUUGUUUGUGGUUCAAGUUCAACCUCUAAAUAUCAGGAGAUAAGCUAAGGGAAUGGUAUUUGGAUUUUUGGUUGGUUGCAUUUUUGGCAUAUGUGUGAUUGGUCGGUUUCCUUUGUAGUGGUUAAGUGUUACUCAAGAAAGAUAUGUUUUGUCAAGUUCUUGGGAAAUUGUUGGCACUCUCCUUAUGUUCCUAAUUAACUGCCGCUUUUGCUUUUCGAGAUUUAA